CGGCUGCAGCGCUGCGCUCCGGCCGGAAGGCGCAUGUGUGCGCUGUUAUUCUGCCCUAAUGCGAGUUGAGCCGCAUCCAGACGCACUGGCCGCCGCUGACUGAUGCCCCCCCUGUUCCGCCUCCUCCUCCUCUUCUGCCUCCCCUCCCUGCUCUUCUUGGUGGUGUUGUGCGCAAAAUCUCUACCGCCGGACGGACGGACGCAGUUUGACGGCACAACCGAGUGGCACUGCGGGAGAGAUCACAGGAAAACCCAGCAGACAUGGAUGUUUAACCGCCUCUGGAUCUUAUUUUUUCUUUCAAAUGUCUUUAUUUCUUUAGUAUUUUUGUGUGAUGCUGCUCUUGCCCCCGGGGUGUUAAUUAAAGCUGCUCGAUGCCUCUCAUCAGUUUAUAACCGAAACAAAAUGAGGAUUUCUUCCCGCCUUUGGAUCCUGUUGAUGUUCUCGGGCUUUGGGGGGCUGACGAUGGGAGCUUUCCCGAGCAGCGUGCAGAUCGGCGGUCUGUUCAUCCGAAACACGGAUCAGGAGUACACCGCCUUUCGGCUGGCGAUCUUCCUGCACAACACCAGCCCCAACGCUUCAGAAGCCCCGUUCAACCUGGUGCCUCACGUGGACAACAUCGAAACCGCCAACAGCUUCGCCGUCACCAACGCCUUUUGCUCCCAGUAUUCCCGCGGCGUCUUUGCGAUCUUCGGGCUGUACGACAAGCGCUCGGUCCACACGCUGACGUCCUUCUGCAGCGCUCUGCACAUCUCCCUCAUCACCCCCAGCUUCCCCACCGAGGGCGAGAGCCAGUUCACGCUGCAGCUCCGGCCGCCCAUCCGGGGGGCGCUCCUGUCCCUCCUCGACCACUACGACUGGAACAAGUUCGUCUUCCUGUACGACACCGACAGAGGAUACGCCAUCCUGCAGGCCAUCAUGGAAAAGGCCGGCCAGAACAACUGGCAGAUCAGCGCCAUCUGCGUGGAGAACUUCAACGACGCCAACUACCGCCGGCUUCUGGAGGACCUGGACCGGCGGCAGGAGAAGAAGUUCGUCAUCGACCUGGAGGCCGAGAGGCUGCAGAACAUGCUGGAGCAGAUUGUCAGCGUUGGAAAACACGUGAAAGGCUACCAUUACAUCAUGGCCAACCUGGGUUUUAAGGACAUCAACCUGGAGCGCUUCAUGCACGGCGGCGCCAACGUGACCGGUUUCCAGCUGGUUGACUUCAGCAACCCUAUGGUCAUCAAACUAAUGCAGCGCUGGAACAAGCUGGAUCAGAGGGAAUACCCCGGCUCAGACGCUCCACCAAAGUACACCUCAGCUCUGACGUACGACGGCGUGAUGGUGAUGGCCGAGGCCUUCAGGAACCUACGCAGGCAAAAGGUGGACAUUUCCCGCCGAGGGAACGCUGGCGACUGCCUCGCUAACCCCGCCGCGCCCUGGAACCAAGGCAUUGACAUGGAGCGCACCCUGAAACAGGUGCGUCUGCAGGGAUUGACAGGUAAUGUCCAGUUCGACCACUAUGGACGGCGGGUCAACUACACCAUGGAUGUGUUUGAACUGAAGAAUAACGGCCCCAGACGGAUCGGCUACUGGAACGACGCAGACAAACUGGUGCUGAUCCAGGACUCUCCCCUGCUGCCAAACGACACGACGGGCAUAGAGAACCGCACCGUCAUCGUCACCACCAUCAUGGAGGGUCCGUACGUGAUGCUCAAGAAGAACUGGGAGAUGUACGAGGGCAACGACCAGUACGAGGGCUACUGCGUGGAUUUGGCCUCGGAGAUCGCCAAACACAUCGGAAUCAAGUACAAGAUCUCAAUUGUCCCGGAUGGAAAAUAUGGAGCCAGGGACCCAGAGACGAAGAUCUGGAACGGCAUGGUCGGGGAGCUGGUGUACGGGAAAGCGGAAAUCGCUGUGGCCCCUUUGACUAUCACGUUGGUCCGGGAGGAGGUGAUCGAUUUCUCCAAACCCUUCAUGUCGCUGGGUAUCUCCAUCAUGAUCAAAAAGCCUCAGAAGUCCAAACCUGGCGUCUUCUCCUUCCUGGACCCGCUGGCCUACGAGAUCUGGAUGUGCAUCGUGUUCGCCUAUAUCGGCGUGAGCGUGGUGCUCUUCCUGGUCAGCCGCUUCAGCCCGUACGAAUGGCACACCGAGGAGCCCGAAGAGGGCACCGACGGUCAGCCAAGCGACCAGCCCCCCAAUGAGUUUGGCAUCUUCAACUCUCUCUGGUUCUCCCUGGGUGCCUUCAUGCAGCAGGGCUGCGACAUCUCUCCCAGAUCGUUAUCGGGGCGAAUUGUGGGUGGAGUGUGGUGGUUCUUCACCCUCAUCAUCAUCUCAUCCUACACGGCCAACUUGGCCGCUUUCCUCACCGUGGAGAGGAUGGUCUCCCCCAUCGAGAGCGCCGAGGACCUCGCCAAGCAGACCGACAUCGCUUACGGCACCUUGGACUCUGGCUCCACCAAAGAGUUCUUCAGGCGGUCCAAAAUCGCUGUUUACGAGAAGAUGUGGGGAUACAUGAAGUCAGCCGAACCCACGGUCUUCACCAAGACCACAGCGGAGGGCGUGGCGCGGGUCCGCAAGUCCAAAGGGAAAUACGCCUUCCUGCUGGAGUCCACCAUGAACGAGUACACAGAGCAGCGGAAACCCUGCGACACUAUGAAAGUGGGAGGCAACUUGGACUCCAAAGGCUACGGAGUAGCCACACCCAAGGGUUCACAGUUAAGAACGCCCGUAAACCUUGCCGUAUUGAAACUGAGUGAAGCAGGAGUCUUAGACAAACUGAAAAACAAAUGGUGGUACGAUAAAGGGGAGUGUGGACCCAAGGACUCUGGAAGUAAGGACAAGUCGUCCCAGGCCCUCAGCCUGAGCAACGUGGCUGGGGUCUUCUACAUCCUGGUGGGGGGCCUGGGUCUAGCCAUGCUGGUGGCCCUCAUCGAGUUCUGCUACAAGUCCCGCAAUGAGGCCAAGAGAAUGAAGCUCACCUUCACAGAAGCCAUGAGGAACAAGGCCCGUCUGUCCAUCACGGGCAGCGUCGGGGAGAACGGCCGGGUGCUGACCCCCGACUGUCCAAAGGCCGUCCACACCGGGCCCCCCAUCCGCCAGAGCUCCGGCCUGGCUCUGGUGUCCUCUGAGCUUCCUUGAAAACCAAAAACCUCUUAAGUGCCUUAUCGCAAAAAAAAUAAUAAAAAAUAAAAACCCAACACCACGGACAGAACCGAACCGGCAAGAACCAGAAGAACCGCAGAGGCAGGACUCAGACGUCGGGUCCAGAGGAUCCGACGCUGGAGGAAGUUGUAGAAGACCUACUGGAGACAGGGGGGGGGGGACGAUAUCAUGAGCCGACGACGACCAAAACUGUAGACUUGAAGCUCAAAACUGUGAAUCUUUUGUAGGUCAUGUGACUCCUGUGAGAAAUGGAACCGCCAUCACCACGGAUCUCGAAUCUGCGUUUGCUGGACUCGAGCAGCGUUCCAGAGACAACAAUCGAUAUCAACGAGGGACACCGGGGGGCGCCGCAGCCCCGCGCCACAAAGACCCAACGGGGAGGGGGGGACAUUUCUACUCAAAAAAGAAAUCCAAUCCAUUCCUACUUAUUAUAUGAGCAAACGUAGAAAACUGUGAAAAGAAGUAAAUAUGUAUAUUCAAUGAAGAGGAAUCUAGCUGUACAUAGGUGACUGUGCUUGCUUUUUAAACACAUGUACAGAACAGAUAUUGUAGUGAGCAGAUAUUUGUAAAUCAUCUCCAGAGAUUCUAUUCAUCGCAAUAAUACGGAUGACGCCACUUGAAGGAGGAGACGUGGAGGAGGGAGUAUUAUAAUUUGUGAACUCUUUUCGACAUUCUCCAAGAACUCUUAAUGUGAAGGGUAUCGACUGCCCACGAUCCACGGAUACCUGUCGCAUACAAACUGAUAACUAUAUUCAACUAUGAAUGUUAACUUAGCUCCACCCCCAAUCCUUAAUCCGUAAUUCUCACUGUGCAGACCCACGGAUUGGCUCCGGAAACCGACGCUCGGAAAAUUUCUAUAUUUCUUCAUUUUGGAUCUUUUUUUGUACUGAGACAAGUUCCUGUGUGCUGGUUCUGAUCCACUAAAUGUUCCCUGAAGUUCCUGCAGUGUAGAGUUACCACUGUGGAUCCUCUGUGGGGGGGAGGGGCUAAGCAUACUGUAGCAGAACCGUAUUGGCGCCGACCCGACCUCAGCUCCGGUGGAAACUGUGGGACAAAAAAACAAAAUCUGCAUCCUCGGCACCCGGGACGGCGCCGUUCUAAAGGUUCAGUCGGUUCUGGUCUGAUCGGGGAGGGGUUGGGCGGGCCGUUCUUGUUUGACUUCAGAACUCUUUUGGGUUUCAGCCGUCUGUCUUUCUUUUGAUAUUUUUUAAGUAGAAAAAGACAAAAUGUUGAACUGCAAUGUACUCAUUUUGGAAAAUGAUGGUUUUAAAUAAAGGAAACUGAUGACUCAA